GUCAUGUGAUCAGCUGUGUCCAAUCACAGCUGAUCACAUGGGACAUGUACACUGAUCAUCAGGGCACUGAUGAUCAGUGUGCCCUGAUGAUCAGUGUGGCCCCAGAAGUGCGACCUGUCAGUGCUCAUCAGUUCCACAUGCCAGUGCCGAUCAGUACCACAUCAAUGCCACAUAUCAGUGCAUACCAGUGCACAUCAAUACCACAUAUCAGUGCCCAUCUGAGCUGCCUUUCAAUGUCACCCAUCAGUGCCAGUCAGUGCCACCUAUCAAUGCCAAUCAGUGCCACCUAUCAGUGCUGCCAAUCGGUGCCACCUAUCAGUGCCAGUCAGUGUCGCCUAUCAGUGCGCAUCAGUGCCGCCUAACAGUGCCAGUCAGUGCCGCCUAUCAGUGCCAGUCAGUGCCGCCUAUCAGUGCCAGUCAGUGCCGCCUAUCAGUGCCAACUAUCAGUGCCAACUAUCAGUGUCAUGUAUCAGUGCUGCCUUUCAGUGCCCAUCAGUGAUGCCUGUCAAUGCCCAUCAGUGCAAGAGAAAAAUCACUUAUUUACAAAAUUGUAUAACAAAAACUAAGAAAAAACUUUUUUUCCCCAAAAUUUUCAGUGGUUUUUGGUAUGUUUAAGAAAAAAUAA